AGCCAGAUGCAAAUUGUAUUUCGGCAUUGGAGCUUAGUAAUCGAAUUCCAAAGGAAUUCCAGAACAGGAAAACGUGAUAUCUAGUAAUUAAAUAACCAAGUUAGGUCAAGAACAAUAUUGUUGGAAUUUGGAUAUACUUUGUUAUAUUCCUUUAUUAAAAAAAAAAAAAAAAUCUUUUGCUUCUUUUUGGCAGAAGAUAUGGUUGUAUAUUUCGGUGGAAGUUCAGUGCAAUCAAUGACAUUCCAGAAAAAGAAAAGGAAAUGAUGCCAUUGAAAAUGGUUUGAUUCAGCAGUAAAAAGUUUACCCGUGAUAGAUUGUGAUGCAGACUUGCAGAGGAUUGGACAUCCAUAUCUAAUUUUAAUCAUGACUCAAGCUAAUUGGUUUGUGUUUAUGAGCAUAAAGUUUUGAGUAAUUCUAUAGUCUAGACAAGUCAAAAAGCUACAACAAUUUCACAAUAUUUUUAUAUUAACAUGUCAGAAAAAUGUAGUUUUGAAAUGUUAUAAAAUUGUUGAGACUUUUUAUUAUAUCCCUUGCAUUAUUUUUCCAAGUCUUAAACUGACUGGGCAAAAUUAAAGUAACUUUCGAUGAGAUAAGAAAGUAGGAGGCAAAUUCCUUUUGUUUUUUACUAAGUGAUCUUUGGAGUAUAUACUUAUAUAGCCUAUUUAUAAUACCAUGCCCUAGAGAUGCGUUCAUGUGCCAAAACGAUGGCCUCUAAGAAGUUCAUCACUUGGGGGCUUCUCUUCAUUUUGAUGUUUCUGUUGGCCUCAGAAGCGGCAUCCAGGAAAGUACUUGAGACUUCCGAGCUUGGGAAUUCAAAGCCGAAAGGUGUCAUGGCGCCUCCAACAACACCAACACUCAGGAUCAAUUUUGGAGUAGGAAGUUAUGGUAAUAAGCAAUCCAGAAAGUCAUCAAUUCUAGAGGGGAACAAAAGUAAAGGCCCGAUACCUCCGACAGCACCAAAUCCUGGUGUCCAUUUACCCAAAACGCCUUCGGGUAGUCGAAUUUAAGUUGAGAUAUGUAGCACAUAAAUAAAAGAAGUGAAUGAAUUCUCUUCCUCCAUUACUUGGUGAUUUAAUAAGCUACAAACCUUUGAUGUUACAAGUUAUCCAAUAUAAAAGAAAACCAGCUAUCCAAUCUGAAAAUUCAUGCCAUGUGACUUGUGAUUAUGGUUGUUGUGAUGCACGUUUAGUGCACAUUAUUGUACCUUUGGAAUUCUAUUAAACUUUUUCAAUAUAAAUAUGGCCUCUCGAAUUUUGUUGUU